AUGGACUCAGUAGAAAGAUGGCCAGUGGAAAGUCUAGUCGAUGGAGCUAAGCUCGGUGUUCGCAUGACCGGAGAUUCGGAAUUCCGUGAAGCAGAAAUUUUAUCGAUACGUAUCAUGCCGGAACGAAAAUAUAAAUUUUAUGUUCAUUACAUUGACUGUAAUCGACGACUGGAUGAAUGGGUCGAUGACUCAGCAUUGGAUUUAACCAACGUUCGAUUUCCACAAAAAGGUGGUAAAGCUCCAAAAAUACAAGUUGAUACGGCUACCAGAAGUUAUACAGUUCGCAUACAUCGUCUCCAGACCGUGAGGUGCCUAAAAAAGGGCUCAACACGAAAGAGGAAAGUGGUUGGUGAUGCGUCGGAAGUUGUCAAAACAGAAGAAGCACCUGUGGUACCACGCCCAUUAUCACCAUUUCAAGCGGAUAUUAAAGCACCAACACAGCGUGGGUCGAUGUCAAUUAUUGGGCAUAGUGAGGAUGCGUUAACGCGGAUUCGAAACAUUGAAAUGGUUGAAUUGGGACGCUACCGUAUACAGCCGUGGUACUUCUCACCCUAUCCACAGGAACUUACCACACUUCCUUGCAUUUAUCUUUGCGAGUUUUGCUUAAAAUUUGUCAAAAGUUCCACGUGUCUUAAGCGACAUAUGAUGAAAUGUCAUUUAAAGCAUCCACCAGGCAAUGAAAUAUAUCGGUCUGAUAAAUUAUCUUUUUUCGAAAUUGAUGGAAGGAAGAAUAAAACUUACGCGCAAAAUCUCUGUUUAUUGGCAAAGCUCUUCCUGGAUCACAAGACUCUCUAUUAUGAUACCGAUCCUUUCCUCUUCUAUAUUUUAACUGAACAGGACGAUCGUGGUUUUCAUAUCGUUGGAUAUUUCUCAAAGGAAAAAGAAUCAGCAGAAGAAUAUAAUGUAGCAUGUAUAUUAGUUUUGCCUCCUUAUCAGAAAAAAGGUUAUGGAAGGCUUUUAAUUGAAUUCAGCUAUGAACUAUCAAAAUGUGAGGGAAAGACUGGAUCACCUGAGAAACCGCUUUCGGAUUUAGGAUUGCUGUCUUAUCGUAGUUUUUGGUCACAAAAAAUCAUUGAAAAGUUGGUGCAACAUCGAGAGAGAUGCGAUGAUGGUGAUCAGCUCUACUUAUCAGUUAAUGAUCUCAGUGAGGAAACAAGCAUCCGGAAAGAAGACAUCAUAUCAACAUUACAAGUAAAACAUUUUUUUUCACUGAUAUGGAUUUAUAACUAUACAUAUUUUGUUCAGCAGCUGAACCUGUACAAGUACUACAAAGGACAGUAUGUCAUCGUUUUAAGUAAUGAAUUGUUGGACGCAUACCGGAGAAGGCAAGAAAAGCGUCAAGUUCGAAUCGAUCCAUCGAAGCUUCAUUUUCAACCCAAAGACUGGUCACGACGAAAAAUUUAA